GUGAAAACAGCAACUCAAGCAGAAGAACAAGUUGUAAAAAUGAGAAGAGACUUCGACAAACAUCAACAUCUAAUAGGGACCAAAAUCGUCUCAGAUCUGUAAAUGAGAAAAAGAAUGAUACUCAGCCAGACUCUGCAGAUGAAAAUGACUUAGAUCUGUUUUUAUCAACAUCAAGGAAGUCACAAGUGGAACGUGGUGGAGGGGCUGCAAAGAAAGAAAAUGUCUGCCAGCUGUGCGAGAAAACUGGAGAGUUGCUGCUAUGUGAAGGACAAUGCUGUGGCGCCUUCCAUUUAAAGUGCCUAGGUUUAACCAAAAUGCCCGAGGGGAAAUUCAUGUGCAGAGAAUGUACCACAGGUGUUCAUACUUGCUUUGUAUGUAAAGAAAAUGAGAAGGAUGUGAAGCGAUGUCUUAUGCCAUUGUGUGGGAAGUUUUAUCAUAUGGAUUGCAUUAAAAAAUACCCUACCACUGUAAUGCAGAACAAAGGAUUCCGGUGCUCACUCCACGUUUGUCUGUCUUGUUACGCCUGCAACCCUACUAAUCCAAGAGCGAGCAAAGGUCGAAUGAUGCGCUGUGUGCGGUGUCCUGUGGCUUAUCAUGCCAGCGAUAAUUGUUUGGCAGCAGGAUGUGUGGUCCUGGCUUCAAACAGUAUCAUAUGUACUAACCACUUCACUCCACGGAGGGGCUGCAGGCAUCAUGGUCAUGUCAAUGUCAGCUGGUGCUUUGUAUGCUCAGAAGGUGGCAGUUUACUAUGCUGUGAGUCAUGUCCUGCUGCCUUUCACCGUGAGUGCCUGAACAUUGAGAUGCCUAAAGGAAAAUGGUACUGCAACGAUUGUAAGGCUGGCAAAAAGCCUCAUUAUAAAGACAUCAUCUGGGUUAAACUUGGUCGAUACAGGGUGCAACUCAGUUCAAUUCCAAUUUAAAGAAAAGGAGUGUGAUUCUGUCUCUAAUGAUGAGACAGAAUACAGGAAAGAGAGAGUGCUUGGUGGCAAAACAAAAGAGCUGGUAAUUGACUUCAAGAAGCAAGGUUGAGGACAUGCGCCUGUCUACAUCAGCGGUGCUGAGGUGGAGAUGGUCCAGAGCAUUGAGUUCCUAGGAGUGAUCACCAGCAACCUAUCCUGGUCCACCCACGUUGAUGCUACGGUCAAAAAGCACAACAAACUCUCUACUUCCUCAAGAGACUAAGGAAAUUCGGCAUGUCCAUAAAGACUCCUACCAAUUUCUUUAGAUGCACCAUAGAAAGCAUUCUAUCCAGAUGCAUCACAGCUUAGUACGGCAAUUAUUCUGCCUAGGACCCUAAGAAACUACAGAGAGUUGUGAACACAGCCCAGUCCAUCACGCAAGCUAACCUUCCAUCCAUUGACUCCAUCUAUACUUCUCGCUGCCUCGGGAAGGCAGCCAACAUUAUCAAAGACCCUUCCCUCCCUAAUUGUAAUCUCUUCCAACCUCUUCCAUCGGGCAGCAGAGAUACAAAAGCUUACACACAGGUACCAAAUGAUUUAAGAACAGCUUCUUCCCUGCUGUUACCAGACUUCUGAAUAGACCUCUCAAAUUUUAAAUUUAAUGUUGAUCCCUCUCUUUGUGAACCUUCUCUGCAGCCUUAACAUUGUAUUUUUCACUCUGUAUUUUUCACUCUGUUCUGUUACCCUAAUGCAAUUUGUAUGGUAUGAUCUGCCUGUACUUCAUGCAAAGCAAAACUUUCCACUGUACCUAUGUGUAUGUGACAAUAAUAGAUCAAAUCAAAUUAAAGAACCUGAACUUCU